AUGCACCAAAGCAACGAGGGCGCGCAGCCGCUGCCUGGAAGCACGAUGACCCCAUCGCCGGGUGCAUCUCUCGGCGUGAGGGCAGGAGAGGCGGCGGACCACAAAAGCGCUCAGAAAACGGAGGCACUUCCACUCGCCGAUCUGCUGAUACGCGCCUCGGACGCCAUCCGCUCAGAGCGAGGGAGGGCGGACUCAAUGGAAAAAGAAAAUAAUAAACUCCGCGCGCAGCUAGAAGGCGUUCGGUCAGCCUAUCAAUCGGUGGCAACUCAACGGGCGCAGCGCAGCUCGCAGACGUUGGCAAGCGUGACAACAUACAACAAGGCUGUCGAGGACACGCUGUUUGCCUAUGUGAGAGACCAACUGAUCGGGCCAGACGACAACUACACCUCUGGGAACAACGGCAGGAAUUGCACAACUAAGAGCAACAGUAGGACCCGACCGCGACAGAGCCAGUGGAGCUCAAGCGCUGCCACCUCCUCCGUGGCCUCGGUAGCCGCGCGCACUCCGCCACGCGGCUCCAUCACGCCCUGGGCACAGCGUUGGACAAAAGGCUGGGAUGCUCAGAUCACGCCACCUGAACCAGCACCGCAAAGGACAGCCGAGCACAACGCCUCGACAGCAGCCAAAGAGUGUGUACAGCGCGUUUACUCGUCUGCUGCAUUGCGGCACCGCGACCUCAAGACAGGCAACGAUCAUCUGACCUCAUCCCUCACUGGUGAUGGCAGUUGCAAAGGUCAAGGUAGUGCAGCCUUGGAGGGUUACAACAACGCUGACGAGUCCCCAACGCACUGGAUGGCUCGCCGACUUCUCCGAGCACUUGCCCCUCGUCCUACUGACAGUGCUGUGGGCGACAUUGUGCACACCAUGGUUACUGCCUUGCAACAGGAUGUCCAAGCUGAACUCGACAGGCCGCGCGAGUGUAACAACCCUGUUCAACGUCGCCCCCGCGGCUUUGCGCUGGUGCGCCUCCAGCCCUGCGUCUAUCGACUCCUCGUUGGUCCUCCUGCCGAAGUGAAGGCAAUGGCGCACGCAGCACGGGUUCACAACAGUGGUGCUUGUCCAACAACAGCGCGUCUCCCCUCCGCAGCACCUUACCGAGAUCACUUCCUCCUCUACUGCACCAAUCAAGGCACCCCGAAUGCCUCGCGCACCUGUCACUCCCAAGUCACCAAUACCGUCAUUCGCCUCACCAUUGAUACCGGCACCCUUCGCGUCCUUCGAGGAGGAGGACACGUUGACUUCAUCGACUACUUAGAACAUCACUUACAUAUUAAACUAUACAACGGACAGCGCACCUCUACCCAACACUCUAUAUCCUCCCCCACACACCGCCGCCUACAGCCCCUACCCCACAAACCUCGCCCCUCCACAGUGCACACCAUCCACACAGCAACGCAUCUCUUAUAA